UACCGCAGUCCGUACUUUAUGUAUUUGCUUGUUUAUUUUGUUCUGUGCGGUACUGUGAUUUAUUUAAUCACUAUUAUCUUCUACGACAAAUUACAAAAUAAAGCAUGUAACCAGUUCUUGUAUUAAUUUGUCACAGACAGAUUGUAACUUAUCAUAUUUAUUUACAUUUAAAAUGGUCGGACGCUGGUUGCUGAUGCAUUUGUUACAUUCUAGAAUGAAAAACAGAAAAAAGGUUCUUAGAAACCAAAAUCCAACAACUAAAAAUACUACAUUAUCUGUUUAUGCAAGUGAAAAAUUUACUGUGAAGGAGGAAAUAAUCGAAUCUGAGAAUGUUCAAACAUGCAGAGUUUGCCUUCAAUCUGGUGAAAUAUCUAUAUAUAAUAGAAAUAACGAAGAUUUAUCUUGGGCAUUGGCUACCUUUGGCGGCAUAGCAAUAGAAUUUGAUGAUAAAUACCCAAAGUUCCUUUGCACAUCAUGUCAUGAAUUGCUACAAGGAGCAAUAUUGCUCCGGAAAACAGCACAACAAACUGAUAAACUUUUAAGAGAAUCUAAAACUGAAAAUUCGUCAAUGUUUGAUGAAGCAGAGCUCAGCGAUGAUAAACUUUUAAGGGAAACUAAAACUGAAGAUUUGUCAAUAUUUGAUAAAACAGAGCUCAGUGACAAUAAUUCUGUCCCAGAUGAAAAACCUGUAGUAUAUACUUGGCCUUCCUCUUGUAAAACUGAUCAUAGAUAUAGAUUGGGAGAAGAAAAAAAGAGACAUAAUUCAUCAUCUGAUAAAUGUACAUCUAAACCUGAAAACUUAUUGGAAAAUGAUGAAGUAGGGCAUAGCAAAAACAAUUCUGACCCUGAGGAAAACCCUGUACAAAAAACAUCCCAGCUUUACUGUUGCAAAACUUGUGAAUUGCAUUUCAACACAUUUGCCGAGUACAGUGAACAUAGAUUAAGCAGUGAACAUGAAAAUAAAAAACGUACAUGUCCAAUAUGCAAGAAGAUGUUUGCGGCGAGCUAUUUGAAAAGACAUACAGACUAUCACAAAAAGGAUUACCAGUUUAUCUGUGAUAUAUGUGGAAAGAAGUUUAUGCAGCUGGCAAAUUUUACUAAUCAUAGAGUUACACAUUUCCACAAUUUUCCUUUCCAUUGUGCACAUUGUCCAUACAAAGCGAGAGUUAAAGAUUCUCUAAGAAAUCACAUGCUUACUCAUACCGGCGAAAAACCACACCACUGUACCCAGUGUCCAGCAAGAUAUGCCAGCAAGAGUAAUCUAAAUAAGCAUAUGCGUACUCAUAAAGCCGAGCGUGAUCAUAAAUGUAAUGUAUGCGAAAGAGGCUUCCAUACAAAGACAGAAUUAGAGAAACACUUCAAAGUAGAUCACAAUGGUAUAAAGGACCAUGUGUGCGACAAUUGCGGCAAGGCAUUUGGAUAUAGAAAACAACUGAUGAAACAUAAGCUUAAGGUACACAAACGACAGAAGUUUAAAAGUGGAGGGAUGGCAGUGUAUUUAAAGAUUCAGUCUCAAGAUCAGGAGCCCUGUUACCAGAAUAAUAGUACUGAUGCCUGAUACAACUUAUUGUAAUAACAAUUAUUAUGAUACUUAUAAAUAAUAAUAAUAAUAUUCUGUG